AUGUUGAGCUAUUAAGAUUUACUGAAGUGUAUCCAUUCUUGUGAUAAGAUAAUAUUGUAAAUUUAAACGUGUCAUCGAGAAGAUCAGUUUUUUCUUUAAACAAUAUCCUGAGAAAUUCAUUCCUGAAGAGAAUAAAUUGUAUGCACAUCGUUCUUGUUUAAUGUUGUAAAGAAAAAGAAUAGCUCGAUCAAAGAUUUGUUGUAACAAAACAAAGGUGUAGGCUAGAUAAAAAACAUAAGAGAAUGGCCGAGCAAACAUCACUUAAUCCAUUCAAAAGGCCAAUACCACCUGAUUUACAGAAACAAGAUGAUCAGAAUAAAGUACAAAGAAUUACAGGUCAACUGUGGGAUUUAGACGAGGAGAAAAAACGAUGGCUGAUUGUAGGGAUCUGUCUUCAUUCAAUUAUAUCUCCUUUGCUGAGAAGAUAUAUUGAUCCUAUUGUUAGCAACUUGUAUAAUUCACUGAAAUCCAGCGACUCUAUCGAUAAACAGGGAAAUAAUAAAUAUCUUAAAAAAUACCCAGCAACAAAUACAUAUUAUCUUAAUUAUGAAUCAAUCAACAACAACAGGAAUGAGAAAAGGAACUACUGGAAAUAUGAUUACAAUGUAACAAGCCAUGUUGAUUUGUCAAAGUUGUUCCUACUGCCUAAUAUGGCUAAUUACUCUGGAAUUGAUGAGUCAUGUGACUCAUCUGCACUGCUUGGUAUGAUCAUUGGGAUCAGUUCCUUUCCCCCAGGUGUAAAGGCCGUAGCUGAAAAGAUACGAGAAAACAUACGUAACCCCUGGGCACAUUGUAAAUUCGGAGAAUGGACCAGAGUAAAAUAUACAAAUUCAUUCGUAUUAAUGGGACAACUUGUAAAGGAACUUGAUCUGAGUGACAGUGAAAGGAACAGGAUCUUGGGAGAACUAAAAACGUGGUCAACAAAUGGUCUGAAAUUCAUGAAAAAAACACUUGGUUUAGAGAUAGUAGAUGAAAUACGUCAACACACACAUGUUCUCAGUGAAUAUGUACAGAAUCGUUUGGCUGAAACAGAUAAUCAGUUUCAUAUUGUGCAGAAAGAAUUAAAAGACUUAGAAAGUGGUUUUCAGCAACGAAUUAGAAAUUUAGAAAGUAAAACUAAUGAACAAGGUGAAAUAAUUAAAAACCUAAAGAAAGAAUUCAGGGAAAAAACAGUUGAAGAUCAUAAUCCGAAACAUAUUCCAGACUCGCCAGUCAGCGCAGAAGAUAAUGAAAUUCGAAUAGUACUAAUUGGACGAACAGGACACGGGAAAAGUGCAACAGGAAAUAGUCUUUUAGGUAGCGACCAUUUUCUAUCCCAAAUGUCUAGUUCUUCAGUAACGAAAAAGUGUAAACGCGGAGAAUAUAAAUGGAAAGGGAAAAAAGUAGUGAUAGUUGAUACACCGGGUUUAUUCGAUACGGCAACGACGAAUGAAACCGUUACUAAAGAGAUAAUUAAAUGUAUCGGAAUGACGUCACCGGGACCUCACGUUAUGGUCCUUGUUGUUAGUCUCGGUCGAUUUACAAAUGAUGAACAAGAAACGGUCAAACAUUUUGUUAACCUUUUUGGUGAAAAUGUUUUUCGCCAUAUGAUUGUAAUUUUCACUAGAAAGGAUGAACUUUCCAAAUACAACCGAUCAAUUGACCAAUACGUUGAAACGUCUCAGAAUGAUCUCAAAACUAUACUUGGUAAGUGUGAAAACAGAUUCAUUGCGUUUAACAAUGACGCGGUAGGACAGUCAAAAUUAGAGCAAGUUGAUGGCUUUUUUGAAAUGGUAGAGUCGAUGCGCAUUAAAAAUGGUGGAGCUUGUUAUACAAACGAGUUAUACAAGGAAGCAGAAUUGGCACUACAAGGGAGGAUGCGUAUUGAAAGGGAAGCAUUGGAAAUGAAAAUGGAAAAAGAAAAAGAAGCGGCAAGAAAUGAAGUUCAAGAUAAAUACAAGAAAAAACUUGAAAAAGAAUUUAAGGCGAAAAGUAAAUUAGAAGACCUCCUAAAUUCCAAUAGAGUAAAAUCUGAGAAAGACAAAGUAAAUCUACAGAAACAACUUGACGAAGCAAAUAAAAAACUGAAUCAGGAGUUGGAGAAAAAAGACAAAGAAUUACUGGAGCAAAUAAAGAAAACUGAAGAUGAAUUCAAACCAAAAAUGACCGAAAAUGCGUUAAGAACAAAUCAAAGAAAUAAUGUAGAAAACGAAAGAGGCGGAUUUUUGUCUGAUAUUUUGGAAGGAUUAAUUUUAUUUGCCAAAUUGUUUGGUUUGUAAAUAGAUUGAUUUAAAACAAAAUCAAAGUUAACUUCCAGAUUAAAAAUAAAAAUACGGAUUUGUUGUUCCUGCUUUGUUUCGUUUCGACCAAUAUACGGCAAUGUCUUAACGUUUAUACAGAUGCAUAUGAAUAAAACGAUGUAUAUUUAUAUAUAAAUUAUAUAUUUAUAUCUAUUAAUUGUUUACGUUUUACGACAUUAAGCUCAAAAUUGCUUCAUUGAGACAAUAGCCAUGGUCACAUUAGAUGAUAUAUUAUAAAUAUGAAAUGAAAAUGAAUAAGAAAAAGAGGGAUGGGACAUAAAAGCAUAUAUAGAGGAUUUGGAAGGAUCAGAAAUUUACCUUUAGCAAUUUCAGAUGACCGUACUCCUAACUAUAUUGAUGGAGGGAUCUUUUUCCUGGUAGAAGUGGGGCACUAUCCUAACUAGGGUUAAACUAUUUACGCCAAUUCCGAAUUGGGACCGGGUCAUGUUAUCUAGUCGGAGGAACUGGGUUUAAUUUAUAAUCCCAAAGGUUUCAUCUGGGGAAAAAAAAUGAAAUGUGGAUAUAUUUAUUGCAACUUAAAACAACCAAACGAAACGAAACAAACGGAAACAAUACGAAACAAAGGAUUAAUAUAAUAGGAUACUAAUUGACGAUCUUCAAGAAUAAAUAGUUUCGUCAACAAUAUUUCCAUCAAUGUGUCCCCAGUCUUAAAAAAACUUGUGAAUCGAUUUAGCAUUCACAGUCGAGGCAAAUAGGAAAUUGCAUAAUUUUAUGAAAUAUCCUAAUUUAACACAUUAUUAGGAAAUGUAAUAAUAUUAGUUAUUCGAAUGAUUUCAGUUCUAUACUAUGGGAUUUCGUAAUUCAUUAAAUUAUAGAAAUACAUAAUAUAAGAAGAAUUUUUGAAUUUUAAUUAAUUUUUUGGCCGUUUUUUGGGCCUCUUGACUAAUUUUGAGAGGUCUCUUGGAAACCAAAUUUUUUUUUCUGUGUGGAGUUUAUACCAGGGUAUAAGGAACAACUGUCAGAUUUUCUCCGACACGGCGAUAAAUCCUCCUGCCACGCCGAUCAAUGAUUUUUUAUGAUUAUUUGACAAUGGGAAGUAAUUCAUGUCGACUUAAUGGGUCAUUAGCGGUUAAAGUUCUUUGAUAAUUCGAUUUUAAUCUUAUGUUAAUGAUGUGUACUUUUAUAUGUCUAUAUUGCUUUGCAUAUGAUUUAAAACUGUGUACUUUAAUCUCCUUUUAUAAAUCUUGAAUCAUCUAGUUAAAGAUGUUUAGAAAUGAAUAUACUUUAAAAUUAAACUUGGUUUGAUGUUAUUCUAACCUUAUGUCGGUUGUCAUGUUGAAGCAAAAAAAAAAAAAAAUAUCAAAACAUAGACAAAAUAAUAAAUAAAAUGUUUUUAUAAUACA